AUGAACGAACCAAUGGGGAAGAGAACCAAGUUAUCGGAGUUAGUGAAGGAGAGAUUAAUUUCUAAGAAGGUGGAGGAUGAAGGGAAGGAGAAACAACUCUCUUACCUUGACAAAGAUUGCAUCUCAAGCAUUCUCAUGAAGCUACCACUCGAGUCACUGCCAUCUUCGAGGUUUGUUUGCAAGGCAUGGUACGAUAUCAUCAACAGCCUUCCCUUCAUCAAUAACCGUCUUGCACAGUCUGAAUCCGUCUUGAUAUAUCUGAAACCGGUCCCCGUGGCUAGCUCCCAUCAUCACUCCUCUCAGACAUCAGCACCUUCGUACCGGAGACCCAUAUUUUCAAUUGAACGGACAGUGCUUCAAUCACAGCCCCUCGACAUGUUUGCGCAAAAGCUCGGCAAUAGGUCUUCCAAACUGAGCAUUAGCUUUGUUGAGUGCAGAGAAGGGAAGGGUGUUACUCGAGAUUAUGGGAUCGAAUGCCUGGGCAGCAUUAGGGCAGCAUGCAAUGGUUUCAUCCUGCUCAACAAUAGUCUCAAGAAAGGAGGGGUCUUGGUCAUGAACCCUGUCACAAGGAAGCAACUUGCACUUCCUGUGGGUACAUUGACCCGACCUGACUGGGAAUCGUACGGAUUUGCCUCGACCGGUGGAGGAUACAAGGUGGUCCACUUGUUCAUGGAUGACAUGAAAUACGUUGCCUGCGAGACACUCAACCUCGGGUCAAGAUCGUGGAAGCCAGUGAACGGACCCCCCUCGGGGCUGCUUCGUCGUUUUGGUUUCAAUCCUGUCUCGGCCAUUGGAGCUCUGCAUUGGCUUUCUCGCAGUAACAACUGCACAGUCUCGAUGGAUCUGGAAACUGAGAAGUUCCACAUUGUACCUCUCCCCAAGAUUUGUGGGAAGCACGAUAGGAUUCUCGAAAUGGGCGGCCUCUUGGGCUUCGUCACUCACGAGGAUCGCCACAUAGAUGUAUGGAAGCUGAAGAGCAUUGCAGGUCAGGGUGAUGAUGCUGUAUGGACGAAGCAGCAUAAGAUCUCCAGAGGUAGGUUGAUCAACUUGGUCCCCUUGUUUUGCUUGAGGAUCAAGGGAGAUGUGAUCUUCAAGAGGCAUGACGCUCGUUCAGUUUAUUCGUAUGAUUUCGAGUCUGAGAGGAUGACUAAGGUUGUGGUGGAUGAGGGGUUUCGUUUCUUUGGCAGUUUGCUGCCUCAUGUCAACAGCCUUGGCUCUUGGACUGCUGCUACUCAGAAUCUGAUGUGA